AUAAUUAGACUAGGACUGACAAGGAAAAAACACCCCUCUUUUAUGAUAUAUUACUGGUAACCCACCCCUCAUUUUAUUCUAUAUAUAAUAUACUUUUCUCACUCUCCUUUGGCCGUCUCUCCCUUCUCCAAAGCUCCCAAAUUAAGCCUGCUUCAAUCGUUGAAGCAAUUUCAAGAAUCAGAUUGGCAGAUCAUUGAUAAUAGUAGUGAUGAAGCCAAAAUCAAGAAGACUUUCCAAUAAUACUCGCAAGUACUCCCAUGGCACUGCCAUGAAUGCUAAGCAGAAUGAACCGGCUUCCCGUUAUGACUUCGCCAAGCUAUCGGAAGCCUUGGAUGUUGCAUGGCCCAAGGCCGAAGAAGAAGUUGUAGACACAGCUCCCUGCUCCAAUUCUAAUGCAGCAUCUGAUGAGUCUGCUUCCGUUUACGAUUUCAGUAAGCUCUCGGAGACACUGAAUGUCGUCGGCAACAAGCACAAAGAUGCAUCUGCAAAGAGAUAUAAGGCUCGCCGUGAACAGCAAGCAUUGAAGAGAUGUAAGCUUUACCAAGAAGAAAUUUUGGAAAUGGAAACCAAGGGUCAAAUCCACUGUAUUUAUUUGGAAAAAGAACAUGGAUGCUCUAGAUAUUCGAUCUGGACAGAGGAGAAAAUUGGUUUGCUAUCACAACACAAGUUCUUUUUAGAUUAAUUGGUGGCAUUUUCUUUUUCUUUUUCCAUUUUUUGAGAUUUCUUUUUUUGAGGUAUGAUUCCUCUUCCUUUCGGUAAGGCUCUGUUCAACAUGAAAUUUAUAUAUAUUUUCUUAUGCUUAACUAGUUCCAAUUAUGUUGUCAUAUUUAAGCUGUGAAACGUACGGGUACACUAUGGUUCAUAAUAUUCGUUUAAUUUGCUGAUUC